AUGGAGGAGUCUGGUCUCCCAUCUGUUCCCGUUUGCUCAUAUUUGCCGGACGGUUUAUCCUCAAAAUUGUUCAAUUUGUUGGAUCCAGUCUACUCAGAGCAUCAAAACCUUCUGGCUACUCUAGAAGCUCGUUUGACCUCGUGGAAUGACAAACGGAAUAAGAAAACUUCCGAUGAGUCGACUGCAUCCAUCCCACCCAACGGUGAACUGCCCGAAUCGACUGAAAUUGUGUACCGCGUUGGAGAUCUGUUUGUGGAAAAUUUACGAAUGUUACCGCUUUAUCAAAACUAUCUAACCGAGGUUGAAAAUUUGAUACUGAGUAUAGAAGAAGCUGUGCGAUCCAAUCCUGUCCUCGAUGAGGCUAUGCGCAAUUUUGAGGCACAAAAGGUUUGCUAUUUGCCAUUCUACGUGUUUUUGUUGAAACCGAUGCACCGGUUGCUCCAGUACCGCGUCACUUUGGAAAGACUAAUGCGGCAUUACGGCGAGGCACACCCAGACGCACCAGAUUGUCGAAUAGCCCAUGCACGCCUACUUGACCUGAUUCAGUCACAGUGGGAAUCGUACAAACGAGUGGAAAACAUUUACAAACUGUUAGAGAUUCAACGUGAUUUGGUCGGUUUGAGUUCAUUCCCCCAAAACUCUGAUUCAACUGGUACAACGCCCAAUGGUGACUGUUCUACCUCAUCAUCUCCUUGGGGUCCGUUGUUACGAUUAGGACGACAGUUUAUUCGUGAAGGUUGGCUUCAAAAGCUUUCCAAAAAAGGCUAUCAGCCUCGCAUUUUCUUCCUUUUCUCUGAUCAGCUGGUUUAUGCCAGUCGCAUGGCAACAGCAUAUCUUCAAUUCAAGGUUCAUGGACAGUUCCAGUUGCACGAUCUGAUGGUCGAGGAAGCCGAACCUGCUCACAGUUUCACUGUGUUUUCCGGAAACCGAUGCUUUUUGGUCGCGGCCCCUUCGGAUUGGCAAAGGGAUCGCUGGUUGGAAGAUAUUUCUCGUGCCAUACUGGCUGCGAAAACGAAACCCUCACCAGGCAUGGAAACGGGUGUAUCUAUCAGUAUGGUGGAUUCAAAACUCAGCAUAAUGGAUUCAAAUGAAGCCGCCGAUUCGUCAACGAUUCUUCAACGCGUUACCACCACUAGUGUACACGUCUGCUGGCAUCGCAGUUUCACUUAUUCCAUGCAAGAUAUUCUACGUGCGAAUGAGUAUCAGACCAGUGGCUACCUCUUACGGAAGUUCAAAAACAGCAAUGGAUGGCAGCGUCUGUGGGUCGUUUUUACCCAGAACUGUUUAUUCUUCUACAAGAGCUAUCGAGAUGAUUGUCCACUUGCCAGUUUACCCUUACUUGGUUAUAUUAUUACUACGCCUGGAGCGGAUGAUCAGAUUCGUCGGGACAAUGUGAUCAAGAUGCAGUUCAAAAACCACGUGUACUUCUUCCGUGGCGAGACCCAUCAUUCGUUUGAAAAGUACGUCAUUCUUUUCUCUGUUCUUUCUCGUCAUCAAUGUCCUCCCUCCAGUCGAACUUAA